UCAACCAUGCCAAAGAAAGAAGUCUUGCACAUUCAUCCAUUUGGUUGGGAAACCGAUCCGGAGGAAGAGAGAUACAAAGUUACGACCCUUGAUUACCUUACCGCAUGCACUUACACACAUUAUACUAUUUUCUUCAGGUUAGAUGAUGCCGACAAGCCGAAGGCGAUAGACGUCUUGAAGGCAGGCCUCGAGCGAACCCUGAGCCAGACACGACACCUCUGCGGAACAAUUGAAAAGGAUCCAGCCGGCGGGCAUUCGUUCGUGAAGAAAAAGGAUGGAACAGUUCAAUUCGUUGUCCAAUGGCUUGAUGCUCCUGAAGAUAAAAGUAGCUAUCCCUCCAUUGAUGAUCUGGAAGAGGCGCACUUUCGCAGCACAAGGCUCGGCAAUCUAGACCUUUGGAGCAUACCGCCAAUGGCCUAUGGCGAGAAAGAAGAAGCCCAUCCCGAUAACAGCCCGGUGACGGCAGCCUUCAUGGUUAAUUUGAUCAGGGGCGGACUAGUACUGAUUAUACACCAACAUCAUUAUGCCAACGAUGUGAUGGGUUGGUCUGGGCUAACGCAUCAGCUCGCCGAGAAUUGCAAAGCCAUUUUCAACAACACUGCUUUCCCCACCUGGGACCCAUCAUGUCUCGAUCUCUCGCGCUUGAUCAAGGCUGAAGUUCCUGAGGGAAAAAAGAUCGAUGGCCCUCCAACCCCUGAGCGUCACCCAGACCAUAGGGGUACGGUCGCACUUCUCUUCCAUUUGCCUAAAAGCAAAGCAGCCGAGUUGAAACGGCUUGCCAGUCCAACUGAUGACACCUGGAUUUCCACCUACGAUGCCUUUUCAGCCUUUAUCUGGCGGACAGUCUCGCGGCUCCGGGCUCCCAUCUUCAAGCCUGAUCUAUCCCAGCCCCUAUUCUGGUCAGAGGCCGUUGACAUGCGGAGGCGCAUGCAUAGUCCUAAAGUUGCACCACGCAUUCAGCAGAACGUCAUGUUUGCGGCCCUGUCCCCGACCGCACCAGUUCCACAACCUACAGCCGCCGAGGUAAUAUCAGAGUGGUCUUUAUCCCAGCUGGCUUCCUAUAUCCGGAAGCUUACCAACAGUGUUACACAAGAAAAUCUCGACCAGGCGCUCAGCGUAGUGGCCACGGUUCGGGACAAAACAGCCAUGAACAUCCGCAUCAACGCGCACCCGCCCAUGUCUAUCCUGCAGACAGAUCACAGAGAAGCAAACAUCACAGCCGCUGAUUUUGGCUUUGGAAGGCCACUGCUUUACCGCCACCCUAUGGGGGAUGUGACGGAGGGAGUCUUCAUCGUCUACCCACCGCGCGCUGGCGCCGGUCCCGACGAAGGUUCCGAGUUCUCCAUUACGUAUGAGAAGGAGCUUGCCCAGACUCUGAUUGAGGAUCCUGAGUGGAAGAAAUAUUUUGAGUAUAGAGGUGUCGAAGCUGGGGAUACUCUCACCUUGCCUAAUUAG